AAUAUUCCCUUCAGAAUCUCUCACCCAAUUUUUUCUACAACCGAAGAUUCUGAAGCUCUCGGCAAGAACCCUAAUCAGGGCACUGCACAGAAGAAAUGUGUUCUUCUACUGCUACAACGGCGAAGAAUUUCUCCAUUUUUCUACCGAAAAUCACUCCAUCGAUUCUGCAACGUCGUUUCAGUGUUCACCCAUGCUGUGCCCUUCCCAGACCGCCUAGGUUCCGUGCCGUCGCUUCUCUCCCCGGAAUAUCCUGGGUUUCUCACUCUUCCGGAGAUGGGUAUGGUGGAUGGGCUCUUGUUGAUGACGAUAUUCCUCAUCCUCACCGGAAAAAGGUGCAAGAGUUCCGGAAGAUUGUGAUCGGUGGUGUUGGAACUUCACUUGCUGUUCUUCUUGCUACUGUUGCUUACUUCACAGUCUCGGGGAAAGGGUUUAGGUUGGGAUUUAGGAGUUCAUUGCGUUCUUUAUGUGUGGAUUGGGUUCGGAAUGGGAGUGAAAUGAGCAAAAAUUCGAGUUCGCCUGGCACUGAUGAGAAGAAUUUUGUUUGUAAGACGAGUCAGGAGGACAUUGACAAGACUUGUGAUACAGUUUCUUCAGGAUCUACAAAGAAAUCUCAACCUGUUUUGGUACCAGUUGCUGUGGAUGCCACUCAACAGGAAGCAUUGAAAAUUUUAAAGAAAUUAAAGAUCAUUGAAGACGAUGUAAGGGCAGAUGACUUGUGCACCAGACGCGAAUAUGCUAGAUGGGUAGUUCGUACAAAUUUGUUGUUAGAGAGAAGUCCAAAACGCAGGAUUGUUCCUGCAGUAGCCAUAGCCGGGUCAUCAACUCCUGCAUUUGAUGAUGUGAGUCCUGACGACCCAGAUUUCGAGUACAUACAAGCCAUUGCUGAGGCGGGUAUUAUUUCCAGCAAACUUUCCGAGGAAGAUUCUCAAUAUGAGAUGAAUAAAGCAGGGAGCAUCUGUUUUUCUCCUGAAAGUUUUGUUUCUCGACUGGACCUGAUAAAUUGGAAAUCCCAAUUGGAGUGUGAUUGCCAUCCAGAAAUUAUGGAAGAGAUAUCGAGGACAAGGUCAGAUUAUAUGGAUGUGAAGCAUAUCGAUCCCAAUAUAGCCCUGGGAUUUUUCAUGGACAUGUUGGGGGGUGACAAGAGCACAAUCAGAAAAGUUUUUGGAAAGAUCAAGCGGUUUCAGCCGAGUAGACCUGCAACAAAAGCACAAGCAGCUGUAGCAUUGACAAGCGGCAGGAUGGAGGAAGCAAUUUUGACAGAGCUAUCAAGGGUACAAGCAGAGACUCUCGCUAAGCUAGUUGAGAUGGAAGAAAUCAAAUCCGAGUUGCUAGAAAAGGGAGAUAUAAUGCGGUAUUGGGAAGAGACACUGCAAGAGGAGAGAGCCCGAGGGCUUGAAAUGGAAGAGAUUUAUCUCACUGCUGUUCGUGAGUUAGAAGAAGAAGAACUUGCACAACAGAAGUGGUUCACGGAGCAUUUGAAAGAAAAAGCAGCCAUAGAUUGUCAGAGGCAGCUGCUUCACACCCUGAGAGAAGAAGUUGAUGAGAUGUCUAAAAGGCUCGCAUCCGAAAAAUCUGUCUACCUGGAUGAGCACAGCCAGUUAGAAGAAAUGCUGAGUGACUUGAAGUCCAAACAUGAAUCAUUGCUGGACAAAAGAUCUAUCCUUGAAGCUGAAGUAGAAGCGCUUCGAAUUCUCAGAUCAUGGGUGGAGGAUGAAGCUAGGGCAAGCCAAGCAAGAACCAAGGUUCUUGAGGAGGUGGAACGAAGGUGGAAAUGGGACGACCCUGCAUGAAUCUCCUACCCAGAUCUCAAGAUCAACAAUUAAAACACAUUGAAGAGGAUUCCUGUAAGAAACUCUCGGAUAGCGCCUGUCUGGAAUAAGAUUUUGUCUGUUUGAACUUCAAGAAUGUUCUUCAGGGAUUGUACAAAAAUUAUGAAGUGUGUUGUUAUAUGGCUGAUUAAAUCUAGCUCGAGGAGGAUUGCUUUGUUCACUAAAGAGCAAUCCCUCUUUGUAACUCAUUUCUA